GCCGCGCGAGACCGAGACCAGUCAGCGGCUAGCCGCCAAAGUUGCCGGGCGCGCGAGUCUACGUUGCCUGCACGUCUCCCCGCAUUCGCGCCGGUCGUCUGCUCCCCGAUUCGCCUGGCGCGCGAGAGCCGAGCAGCAGCCCGUCGGUGUGCGCGGCGCUCCCGGGCGCUCGCCCUCCCCCCCCCAUGUGAAGCACGCGGUGCGCGCGACCACGAGUCGAGCGAACUAGCUAACACCGCGAUGAGGCCCGAGCACUGAGCGGCGGCAGCCACAGCAGCCACAGCAGCAGCAGCAGCAGCAGCAGCAGCAGCAGCAGCAGCAGCAGCAGCGGCGGCGGCGGCGGCGGCGGCGGCGGCGCAGAGCAGGCGGCGCAGCGCGCGCAGCGAGGAGCCCGACGACGGGCCGCGCGACGAUGCUCGCGUGGCGGUGGUACCUGUGCCUGGCCGCGGCGUGCGGCCUGGCCGCGCGGGCGCGCGCCGGCGGCGACGUCUACGCCAAGAUGUUCGCCGCGCAGCCGGCGUCGGCCGACCCGUGCUACGACGAGGACCGGCCGCGGCGCUGCAUGCCCGACUUCGUGAACGCGGCCUUCGAGCGCCCGGUGCUGGCCUCCUCCACCUGCGGCCUCGGCGGCCCGACGCGCUACUGCGAGCAGGACGGCAGCCCGGCCGGCGACGCCAAGUGCCACGUGUGCGACGACAGCGUGCCGCGGCGCCGCUUCCCCGCCUCGCACCUGACCGACCUGAACAACCCGAACAACGUGACCUGCUGGCGCAGCGAGCCGCUGGUCUCGCCGCAGGGCCCCGGCGCCCCGCCCGACAACGUCACGCUCAGCCUGUCGCUGGGCAAAAAGUACGAGCUGACCUACGUCAGCCUGCAGUUCUGCCCGGGGGCCGCCAAGCCCGACUCCAUCGCCAUCUACAAGUCGACCGACUACGGCAAGACCUGGCAGCCCUUCCAGUUCUACUCGUCGCUCUGCCGCAAGGUCUACGGCCGACCGAACCGCGCGACCAUCACCAAGCAAAACGAGCAGGAGGCGCGCUGCACCGACAGCCACCGCUACACCGGCGGCGACGGCCUCGGGCCCGUCGGCCGCAUCGCCUUCAGCACCCUCGAGGACCGGCCCUCCGCCGUGGACUUCGACUACUCGCCCGUGCUGCAGGACUGGGUGACCGCCACCGACAUCCGCGUGGUCUUCAACCGGCUGCACAUGCCGCAGCUCGGCGCCAAGGUCGAGGCGGCGGCUGCGGCGGCUGCGGCAGCAGCCGCGCGCGACCCGCCCGAGGAGCCGCUCGGCCCCGACGAGCUGGCCCGCCGCGAGCGCGUCGAGCUCAAGCUCAAGGGCCAGCGGGCCAACAGCCUGUUCGGCGAGCCGCUGGCCACCGGCGGCCCCUCGGUGCACCAGGUGCUCGCGCCCCAGCAGCUGCAGAGCAACGACGCCCUCGAGCUGCGCGAGAUGGGCUUCGCGCCCGCGGCCUCCACCACCGUCGGGCCCAGGCCCGACGCGGCCCCCGCCGCCGUCGCCGCCGCCGCCGCCGCCACCUCUGUCGCCGUCAGCUCGGCGCACCACUACGCCGUGUCCGACCUGGCCGUGGGCGGCCGCUGCAAGUGCAACGGCCACGCGGCCAAGUGCAGCCCCGACAAGGACGGCCAGCUCGGCUGCGAGUGCCGGCACAACACCGCCGGCCGCGACUGCGAGAAGUGCAAGUCGUUCUACUUCGAUCGGCCCUGGGCGCGCGCCACCGCCAAGGACGCCAACGAGUGCAAAGCGUGCAACUGCAACCAGCACACGCGCAAGUGCAUGUUCAACAUGGAGCUGUACAAGCUGUCGGGACGCGUGAGCGGGGGCGUCUGCCUGCAGUGCAGGCACUUCACGGCCGGCAGGCACUGCCACUACUGCAUGGAGGGCUACUACAGGGAUCCCGCCCGACCCAUCACUCACCGCAAGGCCUGCAUACCGUGCGACUGCCAUCCGAUCGGUGCCGUGGGGAAGAUCUGCAACCAAAGUACCGGACAGUGUCGAUGCAAGGACGGAGUUACCGGGAUCACCUGCAACCGAUGCGCAAGAGGCUACCAGCAGAGCAGAUCGCACAUUGCCCCCUGCAUCAAGAUUCCCAAUGUCGUCCAGACGCAAGGCAUCGAGGGCGAAGACAGCGGCGAACGCGAUCCCGAAGAAGACGAGGAUCGAUACGACAGCCGGAAUGAGCAAUGUCGUAAGUGUCGGGCAAGUACUCGACGACUGAACCUGAACAAAUACUGUAAGCGAGAUUACGCGCUGCUGGCUACGGUCACGGGCCGCAAGAAGACGGGCGACGUCCCGGCUGGGCCCGCAGGCAGCAAUCCCAAUUCCUGGGUCAAGUUCUCCGUGAACGUCAACACGAUUUACAAGAGGAGCCGGGACUCGAGAAUCUCCCGGGGCACCAGUCUGCUCUACGUGCACUCCAACGAUCUUGCCUGCAGGUGUCCCAAGAUCAAGCCCAACCAGUCCUACUUGAUCCUCGGCAUGGAAAGCGACGGCGUGGCAAAGGACGGUCUGACGGUCACGGAAAGGUCGAUCGUGAUCGAGUGGCGCAACGAGUGGAGUCGCAGGAUGCGUCGUUUCGAAAGAAGGGCGAGAUCCUGCCACUGAAAACAUUUAUACCAGUCAAACGCUUCGUAUUAGCUUGGACUACUCGUCUUUAUUACUUGGAUACGAAUCACGAAAAGAGAGAAAAUACAAAAAAAAGAAAACAUUAAAUCAUUUGUUUAUCAUAAGAUUCCUAUAUUUUUUUCAAAAAAACAAAAUGAAAAGUAAAAAAGAGAGAAGAUCUUUAUUUCUGAAAAAAGGAAUGAACACAAUCGCGAACACAAUGCACGAAUACAAGUCCUUGUUUUUAUCUAACCGCAAAGUAAUAUGAAAAAGUAUAUCAAGAGAAAGAAUAUUAUCGGAGUAUUCAUUUAUUAAUUUUUAAUCAUUAUAUCGCAUUAAAGUAUAAUUUAUUUAAAGAGGAAGUAUGUAGUAUUUCAAUUCACACCGUCGCGAGUAUUCGAGUUACUAUAAAUGCUUUUUCUACGAUUUUUAUAUACACGAGCUUUUCGAAAAAUUCUAUAUACAGUUAAACUGUUUUUCUUCCUCUUGUUGAAGAUUCAAAAGCCCAAUGCCGUACUCCCCAAGAAUAAAUUUCCAACCGACUAAUUUCUUUCUCGCAACGGCUAUAUUUAUUUAUUAUAAUGAUAAUAAUAUUGAAAUAUACGACGACGCAACAACGUCAAUCGCGCGCAUGACUUUAUACAUGUAAACAAGAUAUUCGACUAUAUGCGUCCGUUAAUGUAGAUUUUCUUGUACAUUUUUAUAUAAGUACAUAAUUAAUCAUCAGUAAUAUUUAAUAAAGGAAACUAAGAGCAAUCAGUCGUCCGUGAAGAGUUCUCCUAUGUAUGAAAUGUGAAAAAACACAUAUCGAUUUUCGAAACACAAAGAAACUACCGAAACUAAACAUGUAAUGUACAAAAGAACAAUUGAUUGCCGAUAAAGAGUUAAAAUUUCUAUACUAUUGUAAACAGCAUGCUAAGAUUUUCGUUACAUGAUUUCACACGAGAGAACUCUUUCGAACGGAGGUGAUGCGCGUUUCCUUUUUCCGAUACUAUAAUACAUUUUUGAUGAUAGUAACUAAACAAAAAAAAAAUAACCAAGCAAACGAAUAGUUGACAAGAGCGAAGAGGCUCGAAGUGCCAAUUUCCACUAAAGGCCAUAAUCGUUCACGUACUUAUAAAUUAAUAUAAUCAAUCGAUAACCCUAAUGAACUGAGAUUUUUAGAAAUCUCAUUGUCGACACACUCUGAAUAUCUCACGUAAUGAUAAUAAACCGGUUUUUUAUAUUAUCAUAGAAUGCUUCAUUAAAGCUCUUAAAAAUUGAAUGUUAUAUAUUCUGGUGGAAAUGAAGUAACUUCGUAGGCUCAGUAAUAUGUUGAAUACAUUGAUAAUAUAUUCAAGUUUCAUGUAUGUACAGAAUGUAUGAUGUUUUUAGAAAAAUAAAAUCACCGUAGAUUCCCAAUUCGCUUUUCUUUAUUUUCAAUCAUCGUUGCGUUGAAUGCAUUUCAAAAGCAAUUUUAUUUAUCAAUUUCCCCUUUGAUCAGCCUCAAUCUAAACCUUCCAUAAGUAUUGUUUAGACUAUAUCGUAACUUUUCCUUGAAAAGCUAUAAAUUUGGCAUGCUUCUUUUAAUCACAUAGUACUCUUUCUUACUAUUUUUCUAAGAAUAACAUGUUGGUCCAGCAAUCAGACUGGUAGAACUAUUUGAAUCUAUGCAAGGUGAUUUCAUUUUUCCGAAAGAGAAUAAUAAUAAUAAUAAUAAUAAUAAUAAUAAUAAUAAGAAUAAUAAUAAUAAUAAUAAUAAUAAUAAGAAUAAUAAUAAUAAUAAUAAUAAUAAUAAUAAUAAUAAUAGUUGCCGAGCAUCCUUGGAUUGAUCUUAUACGCGAGCGACCACACGAUGAAUGUGCUAAAUUUAUACUUCCGGACUUUAUUAUGCUAGCAACGAUAGAAUUAUAAAUCAUAUACAUUAUAAACAAUAUCAUCAAAGCAAAUUAAUCGAUCGCUACCGCAUAUUAUCGAUAUACGACUAUGACUAGCUCUCGUUUUAAAUUAUUAUCCUAAGUGUCACGUCGUGUAUUGUGGUGUAAUAAAUGUGAUUAGGUAGUUAUCGUGCGAAAUAAAUAUGCAUUGCGUCGUAAAAAUACUAUUUAGUUUUCACUGUUUUACCAUCCUCGAAUUCCUUCAUAACAAGGGUUUCUCAUCUUUUUAUCUUCUCAUGUAUAAAUGCAAAUAUUGUUACAUUUUAGCCAAGUAUAUAUUAAAACAAAAACUAGUUUAUUACAGGUAAAAUAUUCCAAAACUUAACUUGAGCAGUCUACGUAGUUGUACAUUAGAUUGGCAAUCAAUAUAAUAAACACGAACAGUACGGAUAAUCUUCAUCAAAAUAACGUUCUAUUACAAAACAGAGUAAUAAAUCAAAGUUGAUAACAAUUAACCGAUCAUGACAAAGAUAUGUGAUAGCGCCACUUUUCAUAAUACAUGCAGUUUUGUAUAACCAAUGUUAUAUAAAAGAUAAAAACCAUGCAACAUUAGAAUGCUGCAUAGCUGAUGAGAAGUAAUAAAUUUUCAGUUCUGUAGAAUUAGGAUAACACUUUGCUUAUUGACUGCUAUCGACUUCGACGAAGGAUAUCACAACUCGAUUAUUUUCUACUAUGAAAAUGGUCAAUAGUCAAUUCAUUAAUGCCUCUUAUGUAAGG